UAUAAGUAGGAUGAAAACAGUCUAUCAGUAAGUAGUAAAUAGACAAGACGUAUUUUAACGUUUAUUAUUUAAAUAUAAGAAUAUGAGUAUAAUAUUAGAAAAUGGUAUCAUUAAAACACCAAGUAUUGAUUAUGACGAAGAGUGUGGUGGGCUCGGAGUAGUUUUGUACAAGUAUUUAAAGAAGCAUUCCGAAAGAUUAGCAUUGAUUAACGCAACAACUGACGAACACUUAACUUAUGAAGAACUCCUCCACAAAAGUGUAAGAACAGCGGUAAACCUCAAGAGAAGAGGUUUUAAGCAAGGCGACUUGAUUGCUAUUUGUUCAAACAGGGAAAAUAUCGAUGCUAAUGUUGUUAUUGUAGCUGGCCAACUUAUAGGACUAACAACAUUCAGCUUGGAUCCAAUUCUUACAACCAAGGAAUGUGUCGAUUUGUUAUCACAAGUCCAACCACAUCUCAUUAUCUCUAUAGAAAGUUCCAAAGCUAGAUUACAAGAGACUUUGAGAGAAUUAAAAAUAAAAAUUGAUAUAGUAUGUUUUGGAAAAGAGUUUGAAGAAGAGUUUCUGUCUACAAACGAAAGCGAAAAUAAUUUUGAACCAUUGCACAUCAAAAACCUUCGAGAUACCUGUAUGAUACAUUUUAGUAGCGGAUCAACUAGUCGUCCUAAGGCCAUAUGUUUGCCUCAUUACUAUUUUAUGGCAGCGGCUGACAGUGUAAAAAAGUGGGAUACAAUUCAAGAGAAAACACUUUUUAACAAAAAUGUAGGACAGGUAUCUUUGAGAUUCUCCAACUGGUACUGGAUCUCUGCCAGUUUAGAGCUAAUCAGAAAUACUGCCUGUGGUGGAUGUCGAGUACUAAGGGAUAAAUAUGUGGUUAACGAAUUUGGAAAACUUAUUGAAAAAUACAGUAUAACUGUGUUGUUCCUGACCCCACUUAACUGUAUUGAUGUCGUGAAGAAUAGACAUUGGCAAUCUUACGACACUUCUAGCUUAGAGAGGUUAAUGACAGGAGGCUGUACGCUUCACAUAGAAUAUAUUCUUAGUUUGAGGAAACUAUUUCCAGGUACUUUUGUUACUCAAUCCUAUGGUAUGACUGAGUGUAGCUUACUCACCAUCUUCGAAAACUUUUAUCCAGAACAUAUUAUAUUGGGCACGGAAAAACCAACGAGUUGCGGACUACCAGUAUCCGGUUAUCAUUACAAAGUAAUAGACUUAGACACAGGAAAAAGAUGUGGUUACAACCAGCAUGGAGAGUUAUACGUCAAAGGCAAAUGUAUGUUUACUGGGUUUUAUAACGGCGAUGCGUCAUCUAGUUUUGACAGCGAAGGGUACUUUAAAACUGGCGAUUUAAUGUGGUUUGACGAAGAUUUUUGCUUCUAUGUAGCAGAUAGAAUCAAAUCAGUUUUAGGGUGGAAUGACUGGCUAAUCUAUCCAUACGACAUUGAAAAAGUAUUACAGGAGCAUCCAGCUGUUUUAGAAGCGAUUGUUAUAGGCAUUCCACACAAAAUUGAGGGCGAACGCUUAAUGGGGGUAGUACUCAAAAACAAAAGCUUUAAUGUAACUGAGAAAGAGUUAGUGAAAUUUGUUGAAGCUAGAGUUGAAGACCACAAAAGAUUAAGGGAAGGUGUCACGUUUAUAGAAGAAUUUCCUUUAACCAUUACUGGCAAAAUUAACAGACUGCAAACCAAGAAUAAAGUAUUGGCAGAAAUAAGAAAGAAAUAAUUUAUAUUCUAAUAACACACAGUUUUAUUAAUACAUAUCAAAACUAUAUAUCAAAACAUAGCAGUUAAUUGUAGUAAAUUAUUUAAGUUCAUGCUAUUGACUUUUAUUUCAUGUUAAUGCCAAACCAAAUAAAAUUAUUAAAUAAAAAAUAUUUCU